UACGCCCGGCAUAGGUAUUCAGAUGUAUAUAAAUACAUUAUUCGUUAAAGUAUAAAUCUAAUACUUAAGCCUAUACUACCCAUCGUUGUCACACCGCAUCACAAGACUGUUGCAAUUAUCGUGAUAUCGUUCAUCCGCAACAAUACGCGCGUGCACACCGUUCGUCAUAAUGCCACCGUCACAUACGUUUAGUGAAUUUUUGCCAUUCGUGGUCUAGAAGACACGCGACGAGGGUACAGAUUCAUUCAAACCAUUGGUGAAACAUAGAGGGCGACAUAGGUGAUUUAGAGGCUUCAUCGAGUGCAAUGCCAUUUGAAUUUUGAUACGGCUAAGACUUAGAGAGGAGAGACCAUCACCGUGAGCGAGAGGGCGAAUAGCCGCAAAACCGACGAACGGACACAGAUUUCUGUACGAAGCCAAUGUAAACGCCUAAUCGUGGACUCCCAACUUCAAUCGAGUUAUUUUUCAAACAGGUUGCACUGUUUCUUGCCUGCUAUCACUCUGGCCAGCGUCCAAGGGUGCCCGACCCCGACAGCCGGACCCGGGCUGAGUUGGUGGACGAUGAUGAACGGCGGCCUGUACGAGGACAGCCCGCCGGCACCACCGCCUCCGUCGUCCGUGUCGCUGCAGCCACCGUCGGUGGACAUCGGGCGCGCCGCGCCGGCGGCCGUCAUUAAGACGUCGCCGUCGUCCACGCCGAUCACUUCCUCCGUCACACCACCGCCACAGCAACAGCAACAGCAGCCACCGCCUCUGUUGCACAUACCGGCAAAGCGGUUGCAAUCGCAUUCCAUUGGCGGCGGCGGUGGAGGCGGCGGCGGCGGCGGCGGUUACGAGUGCAUGGACACUGCCGCCGGUUCGGCGGGUGUCAUCAGACACUCGCAUCACCAGUGGAACGCGUACUCGCCCGCCGUCGUCGACCACGCCGCGUUCGACCAGUACGCCGCUCCGCCUCAUCACCACCACCACCAUCAGCCGGCCGCGCCGACCUAUUACAACCUGGCCGCGGACGCCAGCGGUGGCCACCAUCAUCACCAUCACCACCAUCACCGGACGUCCAUGGACGGCGGCGGUGGCGGCGGCCGCAAACCACCCACCGGCCUGCCGUUCUGGUCACCCGCGGCCACCGACUAUUGCGGCGGCGGUCUCGGCGGCGGUGGCGGCAGUGGCGGCGGCCUCGCCAGCAAAUACACCAACGGCGGCGUGACGCCGUGCAGCAGUUCCGCAGGACCGCCGUCGGCCGCCGACCACCAUCACCAGUUCUCGCAGUCGUGGUGCACCAACUAUUCGCCGUACACCACCACCACGUCUUCGUCGUCGUCGUCGUCCGUCGCCGCGGCAGCCGCCGCCGCAGCCGCAGCCGCCGCUUCGGCGUCCCGACACCCGUCCGGCGGCGGCGGCGGCGGCCCGGCCGACACGCCGCAGCCGACGUACCUGCAGUCCGGCAGCCCUGGCGACGACCGGGGCGGCAACAACUCGUCGCGCAUGACGUCCGGCUCGGCUGACGGCCCGGCCGCCGGCCCGUUCGGCCACGACAACGCGUACCAGCCGCCGCCGCCACCGCCUCCGUCGUCGUUGCCGCUCAGGAACUACGGGAGUUCGCACGAUCCCGUCACGUCGACGCCUUACCCGCCCACAGGUUCGCUGUCGAGCAUCGGGAUGGGUGUCGGAACUAACCCGUUGGAGUGGACGGGUCAGGUGACCGUGCGCAAGAAGAGAAAACCGUAUUCGAAGUUCCAAACGCUGGAGCUGGAAAAGGAGUUUCUGUUCAACGCGUACGUGUCCAAGCAGAAGCGCUGGGAGCUGGCUCGGAACCUGGCGUUGUCCGAACGCCAAGUGAAAAUAUGGUUCCAGAACAGGCGCAUGAAGAACAAGAAGAACAGCCAGCGGCAGGCCGUGCAACAGCAGCAGCAGCAACAACAGCAGCAGCAGCAGUCCAACAACAACAACAACAGCAACGGUAGCGCCAACGCCAAUCACCAACAUCACAUGCAGGUCAUUGGCGGCCACCACGGCAACGGGCCCAUCAAACACCAUCAGUGACCGUUGCACUACUCUGGAGCCGCCGCCACCGCCGCUGCCCACCCGCCGAUGCACAUGCACCACGUACACCAUCAACUACAAUCGCUACCACCGCCACCACAUCACCUACACCAUCAUUACCCGAUGCAAUCCGUUUAAGUACUGUAACAUCGUAAGUCCGAGUACGACGUAAGUCUUAAUCUAUUUUACAUAACAUGAUAUAACGCAAAUUAUAUUCGCGGGGAAGAGACCGACUUAUUUCUUACUAACGCCUACUUUUUUUUCCGAACAAACGUUUUGGCAUUUAUAUUUAUAAGAGUAGCCAGAAAAUGCCGUGUACGAGUCUAAGCAUUUAUAGGUAUAAUAUUAUAUUAUAUCGAUUAAUUUCGGAAACAGAUUUGGCUACGAUAUUAACACCAACGAGAAUGUCCCUCGACGCCGUUCCACGCGAACGAAUUUCUGCGCCGUCCGUAUACCGUAAAAUUCGUACUCAGGCUAUUCGUAUAGACCAUUCAUAUAGGAAUAUCUUAUAUUCAUAAUUCUUCCGAACGAGCACCGUCUCUUAUCCCGAAUCUCGCUCAAACACAAUAGUAUAAUAAAAUGCAGUCGUAGAUUAACCGGAAAAAUAAGAAACCUCCAAUGGAAAACAAAUAAUGUUUGAAAUUACAAAAAGUUAGGGUAAACGCGGUAUAGGUACAUAAAAUAUAUUUUAAUCGCGUAUACGGUUAAUAAUAUUAAUGUGUAUUAUUUUAGCAUAUUUAGGUGUACCUUUUUAAAAAUCCAUCGGCUCCAGAGUGUCGACAUUUUAUAAUAUUAUAAUAUGUUAAAAAACAUAAUGUUUAAACGUGUACAUAUUAUAUAAAUAUACAUAAAAUACAAUUUAAGUUACUACGUUUAUAUGAGAUUAUACUAUUAGGCUAAAUAUACAAUACAUAACGCAAUGUGUUUUUACUAUUUAGAUAUUAUGUAUAUGUGUAUUUAACGAAACGUGUAUAUGCCGCAAUAUAAUGAUGUAGAAUAUUAUAAUAAGUCCCCGAGUUGGACGCGUUCGAGUGUGAUGCGAUGAUAUUAUUAUAAUAAUAUAGCGUCGUUGUAGGUAUUUUAUUUAAAAAUGUGUUAUCGUUUCUUUUUUCCUUUUUUUUUUUUUUACUUAGCCUCUAACUUAAAUAAUAAUAAAUAUUAUAAUAAUAAUAAUGAAUAAUGAUAUACAUAAAACUAUAUAGAUCGUUUCUCGAAACAUAACCAGUGGUUUUUAUAUAUUUAUUAUUAUAUUAUUAUUUUUUUUUUUUUUAACGAAAAACUAUCGAUCUCCGUCUUUAAGCGAGUUUUAGCGUUUUCUUAUAUAUUUUUUCUAAUAUUUAAAUAAAAAAUGUGUCGUGUAAAUAUGUAAUAUAACUUACUACUAAAUAAUUAACUAAAGAUAUUUGUAGUAUACGCAUAGGAAUUGUACAAGUCGUAUGCAUAUAAUAUAUAAUAUUAUUUAAUUUAAACUGCAGUUGUAUAGAUGUUAGUCGGUUUUUUCGAUUUCUCAAUAUUUCCCCUAUAGUAUUUAUAUUAUAAAACAUUGUUCACACACACCUAUUUAUAUAUAUAUAUAUAUAUAUAUAUAUAUACAAUCAUUGCAAAAUGUAUGUACGACAAUAUUAUUUAAACAGUAAGACAAAACACUUACAAUAAUACAUUAGCUAUAUGAAAACGGUUUAUCGCGGCUUUUGUUUUGUUAAGUUUUUUCUUUAUACAUUGUAGCUAAAGCAUUUAAUUGCAUAUUUUACAAUCUUUUAUAAUAUACACAAAUUUUUUCAUAAUAAAUAAAAAUAAUUAGGCGAGUCUCAUUAAAGUAUUAG